AGAGAGAGAGAGAGAGAGAGAGAGAGAGAGAGAGAGAGAGAGAGAGAGGGAGGAGGAGGAGAAAAACCUCUGUUUCUGCCUUGCCUCUGCUCAGAAACAGUGGAUGCCAGAGAGCAGCAUCGCUGGGAGGAAAACAAGAUACCAAAGAGCAAACCACUGCCUGAUCCAGGUUUUGGAUUGAGAGAAUAGAGACGACAAGACCAAGUGGCUACAAAGACUAAAGCCCAGAAACAGCCAUGCGGCCGCGGUCCAGACUGCCGACCAAGAAGAGYGUCCUGCUGCCCACAAUCCGGGAGGGCACCGAGGAGACGGCGAGGGACUGCAGCGACGCCAGCACGACCCCGUUUGGCAAUAACGGCCAAGGGGUUUCAUCAGAGGACUACCUUCUCUCCAUCUGCCACCUGGCUCGCCCCACCUUCCCCGCCAGGGAGGGUUCCCCCGAAAACAUCCACGUGCMGCAGCAGGACGCCGUGCAGAGAAGGCUCAGACCGUCGAGGUUCAUCACCUUAACCACCUCGGACUUCAAUCGCAAAGAAGAGGAGGACGACAGGAAAGGACUGAACGGACGGUUGAUGCGCUGCAACUCCGACCCGCUGGAGUUGCUUUACGGAGACCAGAGCGACCUCUUUGCCCUCUCGAGUAGCGUGAAGAAAGGGUUCGUCGGGGGAAGGUUGUCAAGGCAGCAGGGGCUCAAGGCUUGCGACGGUGCUUCAAGUCCAGAUUUCCCGUGCCAGUGCAGCCGCCCUGAGUUAAAUGCCGAAACUAACCUUCCAGUUCCAAAUGUUUCCUCGAAGCAUAGCCCAUUCAGGUCGGAGGUCAGGAGCGUUUGUCCGGAGGAAGAAAGAUUGAGUCCGUCCAUCAGACAAUCCUUCAUCUCCCAUUGGAUCUCAGACUGCAGGUCGGCUUGGAGGGAGGCGCGCCUACGAGCCUGCCUGCUGCCCGCCAUCGCAGAGGUGUAGGGAGGACAAAGGGUUCUGGCAGUCAUUUAAAUACAUCUUGUGUCAGAGUAUGAGAUGUUGAAAAUAUAUAGAAAAACAGAUUUGGUGCUCGUGCUGUGUUUAUUUCCCAAAACAUCCUCCCUGCUGUUAAUGUUUAAUGCAAAAUUCUUCGAAAUGGUCAAAUCUGUAAUGCCUGUUUUCUAUCUUCCAGUGGUUUUUGUGAKUUGCAAAUCGAUAAAUAAACUCUUUUAUAUAUACAUACA